AUGCUUUCCUCCACGAGGACAGCGGCCUCAAUGGCCCUGCGAGCGAGGCCGACCACGUCCCUCAUGCCCAUCCGUGUUGCCGCCGCCUCCAUCUCGAGCUCGUCACGAAAGGACGCCAGCUCCGUCACGCCGCACUCUGCCAGCGGUCUCAUCAAGAAGGAGCGCAAGGAGGUUCCCCUGCCCAGCCAGGAGCCCACCAAGGGCGUCUUGCAAUAUGCUCUCACCUCUCUCGACGUAAUAACGAACUGGGCCCGCCAGUCCUCCCUCUGGCCCAUGACCUUCGGUCUCGCCUGCUGCGCCGUCGAGAUGAUGCACCUCUCCACGCCCCGAUACGACCAGGACCGUCUCGGCAUCAUUUUCCGCGCCUCCCCGCGUCAGUCCGACGUGAUGAUCGUCGCCGGCACCCUCACAAACAAGAUGGCCCCCGCCCUACGCCAGGUCUACGACCAGAUGCCCGACCCCCGCUGGGUCAUCUCCAUGGGCUCCUGCGCCAACGGAGGCGGCUACUACCACUACAGCUACUCCGUCGUUCGCGGCUGCGACCGCAUCGUCCCCGUCGACGUCUACGUCCCCGGCUGCCCCCCGACCUCCGAGGCCCUUAUGUACGGCAUCUUCCAGCUCCAGCGUAAGAUGCGCAACACCAAGAUCACCCGCAUGUGGUACCGCAAGUAG